GGGGCCAAGAUGGCGGCGCUGGGGCGGCCGCGGUCCCCGCUGAGGGCUCCGCUGUGGGCUCCGCUCUGCGCCCCGCUCUGCCUGGCGCUGGCGGCCGCCGCGCUGGGCAAGCCCAGCCCCGUGAGGGUCCUGUCGGACGGCAUGUGGCGGGAUCUGCUGGAGGGCGAGUGGAUGGUGGAGUUCUACGCCCCGUGGUGUCCCGCCUGCCAGAACCUGCAGCCGGAGUGGGAGAAGUUUGCCGAGUGGGGAGAGGACCUGGGGGUGAACGUGGCCAAAGUGGAUGUGACGGAGCAGCCGGGAUUAAGUGGCCGUUUUGUCAUCACAGCUCUUCCUACCAUCUAUCACUGUAAAGAUGGAGAGUUCAGGAGGUACCAGGGUGCAAGAACCAAAACCGACUUCAUUAACUUCAUCAACGACCAGGAGUGGAAAUCUAUUGAACCAGUGUCCUCGUGGUUUGGCCCUUCCUCUUUCCUGAUGAGCAGCAUGUCAGCUCUGUUCCAGCUGUCCAUGUGGAUCAGGCAUGGCCAUGGUUAUUUAACAGAAAACCUUGGAAUACCGGUCUGGGGCUCCUAUGCUAUUUUUGGGUUGGCAACUCUGUUCUCAGGACUGAUACUGGGACUGAUGAUGGUGUUCCUGGCUGACUGUAUCUGCCCCUCCAAAAGGCACAGAGCAGCACAGUACCCUCAGUCAAGAAAGCUGUCUCCAGAGGCAGGUGAGCUGCUGAAAAAGGUGGAUGAGGGGCAAGAAGCAGACGAGGAAGACAACUCAGAUGAUGAAACGGAGGGUAAGGAGGUGUCCAACAGAGACUCGUCCCCGAGGGCCGUGAGGCAGCGCCUGGCGAAAGCGGCCGCUCCGCUGGAUCAAUCGUAGCUGGAUUUGGGAGCAGGAUUAGUGUUUGAGUCAUCAACUCAAAGGGAGAUAAAUGGCAAAUCCUUCAGCUUGGAAGAGAAGAAUGACUCCUGUCUUGGUAAUGUUGGAUGCAUUUCAUGAAGUCAGGAAAAAAAAAAAAAAAAAAAAAAAAAAAAUAGAGGCAUCUUUGGCGUCAGGUAUUUAAAACUUGCUGUUGCAAAUGGCUGGAACUUCUCCUGCCUGUGUGCAGGGAAGUGCCAAGAAAUCAUUGAUGUGGCUCCUGGAAUGACUUGUUUUCCAGGGAUUAUUUUUACCAGGAUGUAAACCAGUGGACUUGUUGCACGAGGGGAACAUUAGCAAGGAAAAUGCACUAACCUGUUGGCUGUCAAGGUGUUCCAAAAAGGGUUCUCAGUCUACCUAGUUGUGCUCCGAAGAAAUGCUGAGGGGGAGGGAAAGUUCCUUCACUUGUGGGCUUUUUAUGUGACAAAAACUGCUUUUUGCUAUGACAAUGAAAGCUACAACCCCCCCAGGGUUUUGUCUCACAGGAGAUGAUGGCACAAGCACUCUGCAGCAGGAUUCUCUGGCUGACCAGAAACCUGCUAUUGGCAUCAUUUUCCUUUUAGAAAAGGCUGUAGAAAACCGGAUGAGCUUCUUGGCAAAGGAGUUCUCUUGAAAAAGACAAAGAAAAAAAUAUUUACAAAUAAUAGCACCAUGAAAUCUUGUUUGUGACUCCGGGUGGGAAUAGUUUACAUGCAGGGUCCUCUGUGCAAAUGCUCUCCACUCUCCCUGCUGGAUGGCAGUAGGACUCUGGCUCCUUUUUAAAUACAUCAUCAGUGAUUUCUACUUCAUCAAAUUUUACUGCAAAAUCCAGGCAGGCUGUACCUGGCCUGAAGUUGAAAUAACAGCUUCCUAAUUUCUUCUACAGAAAAUUUUUUUUCCCCUCCUGUUUUCACAAAACCAUUUUUUUUUCUGGGGGAACAAUAUACUUUCAUUUUUUCCUCUGAAAAAAAAAAAAGUAGUUUACUGUUUUCUGUGUGGUGUUUGUUUUCACUCUGUAUAGAAAUAAAAAGAAUGCACGUGCCCAUUGGACCAGUGUUAUCUUGUAAAGGAUUUUCCAUAUUCUUUUCAUUUCCAAAGUAUUUGCAAGGGAAAGGAUUACCCUAAAACUGAGCACAUUUUUCUUUUCUUUUUGACAAGCCUGUUCUUGCUGGUUUGUUUUUUGUUUCUUUGGGGUUUUUUUGUAGUUAUUUGUUUGGUUUUUUUAAAAUUGUUUAUCUGAGUGGGUUUGCAGGACUGGCAGUUGAUAAAUCUGUGUGAACAGUAAACUUGGGUUUGAGUUUUAACACAGCAAACGUAGAAAUGCUAUGAAAUGAUGGAAAUGGUAUUUUCCCUACAGCUCUAAAUCCCUAGGGAGUAUUAAGAAGACAGACAAGAAGCUUGUGAUGAACCAGGAAUAUUGGGAAAUCCAAUAUAUUUGGAGCUCCAGCAGGUGAAUCAGCUCAGAAAGCUGUUAAGAACACAUAAUAAUGUUUGUUGUUUUUUUGUCAGCCUUGAACACUCCUUUGUAAGGUGCAUUUUAAGUGUCUGUGAUAAAACAUAACUCAUGGAAAAAACCACCCUGAUUUAGUUAUCCAAAUAUCUCAGUGAAUCUUCCAAGUUGAGAUGAAUAAGAAUGAGUUGUUACGUUUUGAAUCUUCCUCCUUUGACUUUUUUUCCCUGUUGUUCUUUCCCUCUUUCCUGAAUGCUGGUGCCCUGGAAUGACUUGACUUCAGCUCAGUGUGUUUGGAAGGUGGAACCGAUGUUUGAAAGGGUCCUUUGGGUUAAAAUCUGAGUGUUCCUGUCUUUUUUCUUAAUUUUUUUAUUUUAAAGAUAAAACUUCUCCUGGUGUUGGAACGAAGAGCACUGUGUGCCAGAAAUGCCUUCAAGGUGUUGGGCUGGUGGGGUUGCCUUAAAUUCUCUGGAAGUUUCCAUUUUAGCCUCUGUAAGCAAAGCAAUAAAUCCACACUAUCCUAAGGAGAACCAGUAGCACUGUCUUUGAUAAAUGGUGUAUUUUUGUUUUAGUUUGGAGAGGGCUUGGGAAGGCAGGAUGCACAAAAGCUGGAGCUGCUUUUAAGGAAUUAAGCUGAGAGCUGAACUAGAUGUGCUCGCUGCACUUGGAAUAUAUUUAAAUGUAGCUUUUAUAGGGUGAUUUUUUUCAGUCACAGUGAAACUUUGUUCACUGUACAGAGUUUGUGCUGAUAGCUCGGGGUUGGAAAAGAACAACCAGCCUUUUCUUUGCCACGCUGCGCUUGCAGACUCCUGGUUGAACCAGAACUCCCAGCAUUAAUUUACCUUUUGCCUCCCUGCCUUAGGCAAGCACCCAAAUCCCAAACCUGCCUCUUAGGGGUGAGUGUUCCCAGCUGCUGGAAUCCUGUUUGUACCUCCUGUGAGGAUUAUCCAUAGGCAGCCUGGGCUUGCUGCUCUCUGUAGAUCUUGCUGAUCAUCUUUUGCAUCAUGCCAUGGUUUUGUCCUGUGAAUAUUGAAGGUUCUUGUUUCUUUUUUUUUUUUUUUUUGUUAAAAAUCUAUUCCAAAGAUGUUUACUGAGGCUGAGUGAAGGUUGCAAUGUAACACAAGUGUAAGAGCCUGUCCUUUGUGUGUAUUGAUGAUGCUUGAAAACCAGUUUGAGCCUGUUUCAUUCCAGAAGGAAUUAAUUACCUGUAACAAGCCUUUUAUUUUUUUUUCUUUCUUUCUUUCCCUUAAAUGUUUUGGAGAGUCUUCAAGUAAAGAAAAAAAUAACCACCA